AAUAUAAAUUAGAGAAAAAAAAAAAAAAAAGAAGAGAGAGAAAGAGAGUCCACAUGCAACUCCGUCCACCGCUUCCGGAAGUAAAAUAAAAUUCCUGUUCCCCCGGGUUCAUUCAGCUGCUCUUUGACAAAAAGAAUUACCCACCUGAUAUGAGUUUAGUGCGGAAUGCGAAAAUCUAUGGAGCUCUACGUCAUUCCUGGUUUUCGGAUGCUGGUUGGGGUGGGUAAUUCGGUACCUAGUUCUGGGAAAUAAAAAUUUAUGAGACAGAAAAUAUCAACAGAUGUCCAGUUGAGCUUUAUCGUUCCGAUCCUGGCACAGCUCCAUCCUUCUUCCUUUCCUGGGGUUAUCGGCCAUCUAAAAAAAAAAAAAAAACCUAGGCAGUCAUUCGCUUCCUUUAAUUUGUAUCAAAGAGUCAGCUUGUUCUCUCCACCAACCUUAUCCCACGUUGUGUUUUUUUUUUUUUUUUUUUUUUUUUUUUUUUUCAUGUCCUCCACGCCUUUACCCCGUCAAUGAUCCUUACCUACCUAAUAAUGCAAAAUAAAGGAGAGGAUACCUGUUCUUUGUUUUGCUCCGGUCUCUCAAAACGAAACCAAACAGCUCCCGCCCAGCCAAGGCCCAGCCAAGGCCCAAUCUAGUGUCUCUCGCUCUCCCCGUCCUGGUCUAAUUCCAAUCAGUAAUGAUACUUCAUUACGUCUUGGAUCGUUGACAAAAACGAACAUCCCGUCUGUCCGACCGACCUCACCGAGUAGCAUUGUUAGCUCCUCCUAUAGAGAAGAAUAUCAAUCGUUUCUCCAGAAUUCUCCUCUUCUCGACUUGUCUCACUGUCCCUUUUAUACCCUUCCUUCCCGCCUUCCUCGUCUUUUAGUUCUGGCCAUCCUUCCUUCCUGUUCUUUCCUUGUUCCUCGCCCCUGCGUUCCUCCCUAUCCUUCUUUGUGUGCAUAGAGCAGCCCUUAUAUCAGGGAGAAAAAGACCCCGUCGACUCGUGGUAUACGCAUAAACAGACAACAAGCGCGUGGGGAACAAUGAGCGAACCAACAGAAAAAGAUUUCGCCAACGUGUCUUCCAAUGGAAGCCAACCGGGCCGCACCAUGACCAAUGAGGAAUAUCAAGUCGCCCAGGCCGCCGCUCGCUUCGGAUAUGGUCCUCUCGCUCAGAUUCCAACGACCGGAGAACGACUCCCCGCCUUCGGAGGUGAAUUCCAGCCCGGUCUGUAUCGCCCCGUUGAGCAGCGCAAGUUCGCCAACCCGGCUCCGCUUGGCCUGUCUGCUUUCGCCCUCACCACAUUUGUCCUCAGUUUGAUCAACAUGCACACGCGAGGGGUGGCCACGCCAAAUAUUGUGGUUGCAUCUGCGUAUGGUUACGGUGGCUUCGUUCAAUUGCUUGCGGGCAUGUGGGAAAUGGCAAUCGGAAAUACAUUCGGUGCAACAGCUCUCUCGUCAUACGGUGGCUUCUGGAUCUCUUACGCAAUUAUUUUCACCCCUGGUGGGUUUCAAAUCACGGCAACUAUGAUCGAGAAAAACGGAGAAGCCGGGCUCCAGAACGCAGUGGGAUUCUGGCUUUUCGGAUGGUGGAUCUUCACAACCAUCCUCCUCGUUUGUACUCUCAGAUCCACAGUGGCAUUCUGCCUCGUCUUCGUCACUCUCGACCUUGCAUUCUUGAUGCUUGCUCUUGGUCACUUCUUCCUCACACCCGAGUUUUCGCCGAACCCUACGCUCAUCAAGGCGGGCGGUGGUUUUGGAAUCAUUUGUGCGUUUUUGGCGUGGUAUAAUGCUCUAGCGGGUAUCGCAGAUGCCAGCAAUAGCUUCUUCAUCGUCCCCGUUAAGCACUUGCCAUGGUCAGUCAAGGCACUCGAGGCGCGGCGGAAAGCCGAUCGCGAGACUGUUUAAAAAAUAAAUAGGGGCCAUGCGCGCAGGAAAGAAUUUCAAUAUGUUUUCGUCAUCGAUAUGAUAUCCUCACUCUAGUUUUGAGCCCUUCGUUGUAUAGAUUUUGUAGUUGUUACCGAGUUGAGCUGAAAGGGGAGGAGGUAUUGAUUAGGUUGGCUUGAGAUGGAUGAGAGAUCAGGAAUGCGGAGACAAUAUUUUUGAGCCAAACUUCCUAAGUCAUGCAUGAAAAGGUCACUAGAUCUUUAGCAGAGCAUGAGUGCUGUUUUUUAUUUUUUUCCUGUUUUCCUUGUUGGCUUUUAUCCCUGCUCCCGCCCGCCCCGGGUGAGCGGCUGAAAUGUUAUCUCAAUACUCGUUUUUUUUAAAACAGUAUAUAUCAUGCCAUCCGUCUCUUUGAUGUCCUGUAAAUCGCGUGUUCCGAUUUUCUUUUUCUUUUUUUCUUUUUUUGAGCAAAUCUGGAGAGAGAGAGGUCAGAGGAAUUUUCGAAAGUUUCUUCAUCGACAGCAUUGAGGAAUUAAUUUACCAGGCAAAAAGGGCAUUUGGGCGAGGGCGAGGGCGAGGGCAGGAUGCAAAAUAAUGCAUCGGACGAAUAACUAAUGAACGACGAUCAGAACUUCAGGUGGAAACCAGAGGAUAUUUAUUAUUUGGCGGUUGCUUGAAAUGAAGAUUUUAAGUUUUGCUAGUUCGUUAUAGUUUAGUUAGCGGAAACAUGAAUAAAGGAGACUUCCUUUCUCCCUCUCCGUCUCGCUCGCCUGGGCGUGACUCAAUCAAAGCAGCCCCCCAACCACCGACUGUUGAAGGGUGGGUUAUUCAUCUUUUGCGAAAUUCGGAUUGAAGAUGGUUGUUAUACUAUGUAGUGGAUUUGAGGGGGGCAAGAGGAGAGGAAGAUGGAUAUACCACAACCACCAUUUGAAAGGAGGAAAGUGGGAGUGGGUUGAACCCGGCUUCUGGUUGAGUUAUUGAGUUAAGGGUUAGCUGUAGAUAGAACAUCGCUAAAGCAGAGAGGGAAAACCUUUAUUUCUCUGGAGAGACGUGAAAGGGAGAGAAAAAUCAAGGAAGAGGGGGAAAAAAAGGGGGGGGGGAUGAGGAAUCAAGACAUAGGUUUGGUCGUCCACCUUCUGCGUGCUUUUUCGCUUGUUUCAGAAGAGAGAUUCUAGUGAAAGAUUGGAUAUCCCAGACUUGACUACUGCUGAUGUUAUUAGACCGACUCUUUGGUUAGACCGUGAGCAAUGCAAGCUGUGUUGCGUGUAGUUAUUUAUAUGUUAUAGACAUAAACUGUUGGUCGUAGUGAGUGGCAGGAGAUAGAUUUCAGUUGAGGUGCUGGGUAAAAUUAUAUGAAAGUGUCUUGGUAGGAGGAUAGUACCUGAAUUGCAUUGAAGCAACCAUCAUCUCUGAUAAUAAAAAAUAUAACUUUCCUUGGGCCUAGGGCUGAUCAAAUUACUUUUUAAAACUCACCCUCUCUCUUCUUUGCGUCGCUCCGUGGAUAUAUAUAUUAUGCUAUCUGGGAGUGGAAAAAGGACUUCAACAAAGACUUGAUUGAGUCGUUCUCAGUUUUGAUUCUCCAAAGGUGCUUGCUUCUCUAUCUCUCUAAUAUACUCACUCACUCAUAUUUGCACGGAGUACCUUGGCGACAACACAACCCCCACCCCUUACAUAAACCUAUUCUUGACUCAAAGCCUACAUGGACGUUAAAGCGGGACAAGGAGGAUGAAAGAGGAAGAGAAGUUAG